GUACCUCGACGAACUCCUGCUCGACGUCAGGGAGCACUUCCUCUCGGUCGGCAACGAGUCCACCCAGCCGAGCGUCGUGCUGGCCUGCGGUGGCCACGCGCUGGGCCACACCGACGCCGCCAGCUGCACCAAGGAGUCGCUGGCCGAUAGGGCGUUCCCGAAGAAGAGGCUCCAACUGUCCGAGCGCUGCUGCUACGACCUGCCCUACUACGGCAAGGUGGAGGGGCACCGGUGGCGAGACCUCGACAACGUGUGCAACAGGCAGCGCUGCUGGGCGGUGAUAGUGGAGCUGGAGAGGCGGGGUUUCGCGUGCGAGCUUGAGGGCGAUGUGGACUCUGGGCUCGUCCUCUCAGUGGGGCUCGGGCUGGACUGGUCGGCGGGCGAGCAGGCGUCACCAGGAGCAUGCCGAGGAGGAGCCAGGACCCACGGCUGCCUGACCUUGGCCGUCUGAGGCCGAGGUAGUGGCAGCCUCUCUGCCCCUUCCCUCCGCCCUCCAAGUUCGCCGUCUACCCUUACAGGGGAGGGCGCCGAAGCACAUGGAAAGGCACAUGCAUAACUUUCGGAGCUCCGCGCGGGUUUCUUGGAUUGGCGCUGGGGGCCCCUAGCGGCGCCUCUGGCGUCGCCCUAGGCGAGCUCCGCGCGCCAGGGGUCGGAGGAGGA